GAUAUGUUGGAUGGGAAUCACCAUCAUCAUCAUCUGCAGGUACUAUUUUUGAAUUUGUGUAAAACAUAUCAGUUUUAAGGUCACGUUAUUGUGUUGCAAUCCAUGCCAUCGUUUUGAAACUUGAAAUUAACUAUUUAUUACGGAGAUAAUACAUUUUAAAACGUAAAUGCAUAUGAUUAACCCUCAUGGAGUUUAUUGCAUCGAAUACUUGGAAAGGUUAGAAUUAGCUCAUAACGCGAGAGUCUUAAAAGUUUAGGAGGUUGAUCUGAGUGCAUCACUCUUUUAAGGAGGCUCCCUGCAGUUAUUCUACUUUAUAUAUUAUAUAUAUGUGAACAAUUCAUUCACAAAAGAUGUAAUAUUCAACUGUUAAGCUUGAAACUUGUGCUCCAAAUAAGCUUUGCGCGUUUAGAGUUUUUAAACGGUAAAAGGUUUAAGGUUUAGAGUUUAAGGUUUGCAAACGACAACCUUUUUUGAAUUAUAUAUAUAUAUAUAUAUAUAUAUAUAUAUAUAUAUAUAUAUAUAUAUAUAUAUAUAUAUAUAUAUAUAUAUUUAUAUAUAUCAUACUAAUAAAUGUGUCAUAAUAACGUACUUUCUGCACUAAAAAGUUAUAGGCCAGUUAUUUUCCUGCUGACAUAGGCUAGAUAAAUGGUGCAUAAUUAGGUGCAAGCUGAGAACCAAGGUGGCCUGGGAACGAUCAGUGAUUCUGGAAGGCCUGAGAACGAGCGGUGAUACUUGGAUUAGAGAUUAUUACACCAAUAAAAUUGGUAGUAAACAACACAAUUUUACUUGAUUAAAGGGGUGGGUGGUGGAGAUUUUACGUUUAACUGCCGAGAAAGAGCACAUUACACUUGUGUGCUUGACAGAAUGAUGAUUUAAUCACGCACGGAACAGCAGGGCCAUAAUUGGGGGUUGUAUAUUCUUAUAAUAUCUUCAUGUUCACGUUAUAACGUAAAAAUAAUCGCUUUCGAAAGAAAUCCGUCGGGCAGAACACGAAUUUAUGAAUAUUCCCCCCAAUUAUUGGGUCUAGGUACGGCCCUGCGGAACAGUUCAUCAACAUCAGACAGGUUUGAUCCGUGUAAAGCCGUUGGCAGUUCGCACCAACAUUCCAACACGCACGUGUAGUUAAUAAAGGGGGAAGCUACCUUAAAUUUUAUGUUCGCAAACUCAUGAUGUAAAAAUGGCUCUAUCUUAUUAAGGUUAAAUGUAUAUGCAACAUGCUAUACAUAAUUUUAAAGCUUGUACCAUGCUCUAAACAACUAGCCAACAAAUUAAUGGAAGCUUUUGGUGUCACAGUCUAGUUAGGAUCUUAUUUGUUAAUACCAAAUUUGGUAUAAAACUCUCAAUUUUUAAGAUAUAGUAAAAAUCAUCCAUUAGUUUAUAAAAGGCUACCUAAAAAUCAAGCUCAGAAAAAAUAGCAUAAUUGCUGAAAUACCUUUUGUGUUAUUAAGAUUUAAGCCAGUUAAAGUUGGUAAACUAUAGCACAAGCGUUUUAUGACACACUGCUAUAGUGUAUGUCUGUCCAAAAUCAAUAUAUAUCAGUGUAGGGAUAUAAUAUAUAAUGUGAUUUUUUUGUCUUUUGCUGAUUAAUUGAGCCAAUGGAGCAUCAUCUUCACUAUCGUCAGAUACAUCAUCAGCCAAAAGUCUAGCUAACGGACAGUCGUCAUCAUCUGAUGAUGAUACAACGUAACUGGACCGAUGGCGCAGGCGACAAUAGACAAACAACAACAAUGGUUUGGUUUUCUUAUUAUUAAAUUAUACAAACACGAAAUUUGCAUAAAAUAUGUAUAUAAUGUGAAGCUAUAAGAUAAAGAAUAGAAAGAAAAUUACGACUAUGUUUACAAAUAUAAAUUCAUUAUUUUACGUUACAAAUACGCGCCUUUGCACCUACAUUUGUCCAAACCACUGAUAAACUUUAAAACCAUAAACCAUAAACCUAACUUGACUUUUCCGACUCAAAACAUUAAUUUUAGCGUUUCUUUAGACUACUUUACGUACUUUUAACGCCCAACAUGGUGUCUUCAAUGAAGACGUUCCAUUUCAUGAAACAACAAUGUCCAUUUUUUCUUGAGAUCAGAUGGUAUAUCUUCAUCCCAACUUAGAUUGUGCUGCCAAAGCUCUUGCAUACCGAUCUUCGCUUUCACCAAAGUGGCUGCUCAGGCUCCGGUUGGAUCAGAAAUGCCAGCUAACUUGUUGAGGAUGAUACGUUUUGUCAUUUUGGACGGCUUUGUAGACGUAGGCGUUGCGGAUUUUUUUUCCGUAGACAGUCGGACUCCUCAUUGAUAGUCUGACGCAUCAUUGAUCCGCGUCCAGGCCUCCACGCGUUAUCGAUGGAUCCCUUCGUACCCUGCGUAACCCUCUGGCAUACCAUAUAUCCAUCACUCCACGUUGUUCUUCUUCGACCACGUGUAGAAAGAUGAACGAUUUGCUUCGCUAUGCCAUAGUAAAUCUACAAACUUGUUUUUUUUGGUUCCGAAAAUACUCAAGAACUGUUAUUGCGAGUUAAAACUAUAUAUGAUCGCAAUUGAAGAGAAUCAGGAUAAGAUAACUAGCGUGUAAGGAAAUACUGGAAGAUUCAAAGCGACCCGCCCGGCAUCAAGACCACUUUCCACAAAUAGAAGUAUUGCGGAAUACCCGUUCACUAGUAAUAUCAUAUCAUGUAUCCUGGUCACCAUUUCACUGGAUAUGUAUAUACCAGAUCUUUAAUAAUGCCUCGUUCAAAUUAGCCAGCGUGGCCGGCUCUUUUAUAAGAGCCGGCCACGCUGGCUACAUUCAAAUAUGCACAUGCAAACUAAUUACUAAUAUUACGUAUUGAUAUAAUAAAUGAAAUAUCAUGCAAGACUUUUAAUCUUUAAUAUUUAUGCUUAGUAUGCUUUAUAAAUUUUUUUCUUCUAGCGACGCUAAUUAAUCAUAAUCUGUCAAACACCAAUGUCCGGUUGGGUUGUGAGGAACAUAUUUACAUAUUACACCACAUUAAACUCUCUAUAGCAUGAGAAUUUAAUCUGUUCACGCUAACUGUCGUCUUAAUCUCAAAAUAGUUACUUGACUGAGUAUCCACGUAUCCGCGUAUCCACUAAAGUAUAGAGCUACCUAUAGCAUGAAAAUUUGAUCUAUUGCUAAUCUAACUGUAUGCCUUGUUCUCAAAAUAACUACUUGACUAUUUAUCCGCGUAUUCAGCUACCUUUAAUUAACACUAUGACAAUUUAAUCUGUUAAUGCACUGUAAGUCACUGUAUGCCUCGUAGCUAUACCUUUUACUACCAUGGGAUUUUAAUCUAUCAAUCUAUUUAUUAUUAAUCUAUUGAGAAUAAAUAUAGAUGUAUUAAUACAUCGUAUCCAUGCAUGAUGUUUGAAAGGCAUAGCUUAAAACAAGAAAAGUGGACGGGUAUUCUGCAAUCGCUCCAAGAGUUAUAAAAACAGUUACAAAAGCAAAGAAAAGCAAGUGGGAAUGGCGAAUAUAACUUAAUAAAAUAUGCCAGAUGUCAUCACCGUACAAAAUAUGAAGCCACAAUGUGUCCUACUCAGAUUUUGACAUCUCAACCAAGCAAUACAAUAUUUUGAAAUCACCAAUUGCGUGCGCAAACACACUGGGAAGGCGCAUCUAAUAAGAAGAGUAUCCGCUGAAUGUUUUGUUUAAGGGCGCGGGUCAAUGAUGCGUCCGACUAUCAAUGAGGAGUCCGACUGUCUACGGAAAAAAAUUUUGCGUAGGCGUUGCUUCAUUAGAUAAUUCAUUGGGAUACUCGAUCUUUACUGCAAACGAGAACUGAUCUUGAUUUGGAUGCCAAACCUUUCCGAGAACUUUUUGCAUAUUGCUUUCUUCAUUUGCUCCGAGUACUACUUCAUCUCUGCUUUCUUUAUCAGUCAAUGGUGCGUUGGAUAUCCACUCUUUUAUGUGAAAACCACCAGCAUCGAGAACUUCGUCGAUGUUCGAAAUCAGCUCUUUAGCGUCUGCCACAGAAGCUUGUGAAUCACAUACAUCAUCCAUGUAGGUAUUUUCUUUAAUUGCUUCAGCUGCCUUUGGUUUGCUAUCUUCUUUCAGUUCGGCUGUUUUGUGCAUUGCUACUGUUGCCAUAGCUGGGGACGGACGAUCUCCAAAGGUCAAAACGGUUUUAACCUACACGUUUGUUUUCUCGAUCUGUUUCCAUAUUGCGCCACAGAAACCGAUGGACAUGCUGAUCUGAAAGUGGGAUUGCAAUCCUGUGAUACAUUUUGGAUAUGUCACCAACAACUGCUACUUCUUUUUCUCGAAAUCGUAGCACUACUCCAAAGAGAUUGUUAAGCAAGUCAGGUCCUUUGUACCAAUACUCAUUUAAAAUGUGGCCAUUGUAUGAUGCAGAGCUGUUAAAGACAAUUCUAACUGGAGUGCUUUUCUUUGCUGGGCGGACAACAGCGUGGUGAGCAACGUAAUGGAUGGGUCCUUUCCAUUCUUCAAUUUCAUACUUCGUCAAUUUCCGAGCGAAUUGCAUCUUUUCCGUUUCUUGCAUCUGCUCAUCAUAACUUUUGGCAUGAGCAGGCUGUUUACUGAGACGACGUUAAGUGGACUCCAUCUUCUUCAAUACUUGUGAAUAAUUAUCUGGUAACAGUUCGGGACUUUUCUUCCACGGGUAACUCAUAGUCCAUUUCUUCCCUUCCAAAUUAGACGACUCUUCAAUCAGCUUUAAUCCCUUUUGUUCUUCUGCUGUCAUUUUGUUGGGCGGGCAUUUGCAUGGGGGAAUUGAUACUCCCAUCGACUCGGUUGUCCAAAACUGGGUGAGAUCUAUUGGUGCGGCUAGACGGACAUUCAUGACUUGAUUGGCUUUCGGCUGUGUCUGCUCGUUAUCUGCUCCAAACGCUACCCAACCAAGAGGGCUCUUUCUGACUGCUAAACCGUCCUUGAUUCGUGUUUCACCGACAUGAAAAUGGGAAUAGUUGAUACCGAUCAACAAAUCUACAGGACCAGAUUUUCUUUUCAAUUGAUCUAUGGGAAUUCCAAAGGUGUCUGAGAUUCUGUUCAAAUUGACAUGGGUCAUAUCAUCAGAGAUGUGUGGUAUUCCAACCGCUUGGACGACUUGAACUCUUUUACCAUCAUGGGUGGACACUGGAACCUUGUAUAUCGUGGUGUCUAACUCUUCUUCGGUGCCUCCAACCUUAGUGAUAACUAUCUUGGACUGUCUUCCUUCAAGCCCCAUUUCUUCGGCAAGGUCUUUACGUACCAUUGAUAUUUGAGCAACACUAUCGCAGAAAACAUUUGCAGCUUUUGUUCCAUUCAUUCCUUUCACUUGAACGAGAAGCACUGGAAGCAAGGCACCGCCACCAUCAUGGAUAAAACCGAUGUGGGGAGGGGUUGGGGUCAUAUUUGCAUCGACAUGGAGGAGCUUGUGAUGAGGCUUAUUACAGGCACCACCGGAUUGUACUUUCUCUCCGCAUUCUUUCUUUCGUGAGCAGUUCGCAACCGUGUGGCCUUUGCCUCUCUUCAAACAGGAAAAACAUGCUCGUUGUUGUUUCACUAUUUUCUAUCUUUUAUUUGGCGUUAUAUCACAGAAUCUUUGGCAUUCAUCUAUAUGGUGUUGAUCUUGACAUACAUAACAUUGCUUCGAUUUAAACCGAUCUUCUCCAUGCUUUCCAUCACCAUUAUCAGUCUUGGAGCCAAAUGUGUUGACCAGGGACGCCGGAAGAUCGAUAAUUGGGGGGGGGGGCAGAUAUUCAUAUAUUCGUGUUCACAGACUUUAAAAACAAUCGAUUUCAAAAGAAAUUAAUUGGGCAGAACAGGAAUAUAUGAAUAUCUGCCCCCCCCCCAAUUAUCGAUCUUCCGGCGUCCCUGGUGUUGACCCUGUGUGAUCGGACAUUCUUGCAAAUUUGGGCCCCAGAGCCCAUUCGGGCAGUCAUUUCUGCUUCCAUCCAAGACAGAAGGUUAUCCAUUGAUGGUUCACACUUUUGAGAAUUAAGAUAGCGCGCCCACACCCUCAGGUCGUCUUCGCUCAUUUUUCUUUCCAUCAGGGAGAUCACAUGCGUAUUAUCCAUAUCCUGGGGGCGCUUACUUUCUUUCAAGAUGUUCUACGACCGUCUCACUAAAUUUACUAAUUGGCAGAAUCGAUGAUCUUCUCCAGGUUGAAUACUUCUGAAUCUUUCUAGAUCUAGGGUAAUCGUGUCUGAUACAAUUCUGCUUCGACAGCGUGUUUAUAAUCCGACUUAAAUAUGAAAUAUUGUCGAACAUCACCAGCAAACACAGGUAAUUUGGCUUUUUCAUGCUUAACAGUAAAGGGCUUAGCUGAACUCUGACUGUAUUGUAUCAUUUCAGGGUUUUGCAUUGUGCUUGGGUGAUUAUUCUCAUUAAAAACAGUAGACUGUUCGAUCAGAUUGUUACUUCCUUGACUACCAUUACUUUCCUCAUUGGUCUCUUCACUCGAUUCACCAAUGACACUGUCACUGACAUUCUGUUUACUUUUCUCCUCAUCUAUUUUCUUAAUAUAUAAUCAUGAUAACGCAUAGUAAAGGCUACGUAAUCACUUGCACAGACUUGCAUCCAUUUUUCAGCUUCUUCGAACACUUCAUCAUCUAAUAACAUAGUAAAUUCUUCAUGUUUCAUCACUAAUCCUUCAUGAGCCCAUUGUAACUCUUCAAAGGCUUGUUUUACUUCACUUUUCGAACGACUUGCUUCAAUCAGUUCAUUUGUAACAUUCAUUGCUCUCGUCAGAGCACCUUUUGCACCACAACGUGCAUUCCUAGCUUUAUUCUUCAUCUCUUUGUCCAUUUUACCUCAAAUACAAAGUUCAGUACAUAGCACCAUCAGCAAACAUAUAAAUCUUCAGAUAAUGGACCGAUGGCGCAGGCGACAAUAGACAAACAACAACAAUGGUUUGGGUUUUUUUUUAUUAAAUUAUACAAACACGAAAUUUGCAUAAAAUAUGUAUAUAAUCUGAAGCUAUAAGAUAAAGAAUAGAAAGAAAAUUACGACUAUGUUUACAAAUAUAAAUGCAUUAUUUUGCGUUACAAAUACACGUCUUUGCACCUACAUUUGUCCAAAACAUUAAUUUUUAGCGUUUAUUUAGACUACUUUACGUACUUUUAACGUUCAACAUGGCGUCUUCAAUUCGCGCGCUUUUGUUUCAGUUCAUCGCGGGCGACAACAAAUAUUCCACGUACGUCAUGUUAUUUUAGUCAAAUCAACGUAACAGUAACCAAGAGGGUCAACUUUGUUGAACAUUCAACUGGUGUAUGUAUGAUGGUUCAAUCUUCUUUCUCUGGAUUUGCAGCUAGCUUGUCUAAUCUUUUUCUUGAAAUUACAAAGCCCACACCAUCUUUCGGAUCAUGUUCCGUCAUAACUAACUUAAGUUCAGUUAAUAAUGUUUCAAUUUUAAUUCAUAUUAAGUAUAUAGUAUAUUUUCUUCAUAGUAAAUUUUAUUUCGAAUUAUACAGCUAAUAUAAUGUCUGAGUUUACAGUUGAUUUCACAUAACUUUUUCCUAAAAGUGUUGCAAACUUCGUUCCAAAGUUCGUUGCGAAGUUUAAAAGUUAAUAAUCAUAUACAGGGGCCAGGGGCCAGUCAGAGAAUUUGUUUACGAUCCAACUCGUGAAUUUCAAUAUGUACUUUUGAACUUCACAACGAAAUUGAGAACGGAGUUCGCAACAUUCAGGGAAGAGUUAUGUGAAAUAGACUGUAAUACCAUAUCCCUUAUAUAUUAGCGCAAUGUAAACACUCCAUAUAACACACAUAUUUGAUUGUAAUAAAUAUUUUAACAAUGUAUUUAUACCUUUUUUAGCAAGUAACACAGAAAUUCUAUGGACAAGAAGAUCGAAAAAACAUUAUUCAAUAAUGUCAAAAUUGGCAACACUUUUAAAAAACGAACCUUCAAAGGCAACGAGAAUUGGAACUUAUCGCGUUUGUUUUCAUGAUGAAUUUUGCAUCGGGAACGGAAGUGACGGAACAAAUGUUUAUGUUGGAUUAUCAGAUGAUGGCUAUGAAGUGGCAAUAAAGUGCAUGAAUCUGAAUAAAUGUCAGCAAAUUGGCGACAGUGAGAAAGAAAUCUUGAAUUGUCCAAACGUUCGAAAAGAAAAGCACAUUGUCAACUAUCGCUUUUACCAACCAGUCGAUUCUAAAAAAGCGAACUUAGUUUUGGAUUUACAUGAGGAAACCUUACGGGAUUAUGUUUUGCACAAGAAUCGCACUAUCGAACAUUUAAGAAAAGAAGGUCCAAGUAUAAUACAUCAAAUACUUUUUGGUGUAAAAGCCCUUCAUUGCAGCGAUCCGGAAAUACUCCAUCGAGAUUUGAAACCAUCGAAUAUACUUGUGAACGUGGAAGGCGAGAUGGUGCUUGCUGAUUUUGGCAUCAGUCGAACACUUUCAAAAGACAAAACCACGUACAUGAGCGGUUUAAGUGGAACUGAAGGCUGGAUGGCAGUGGAAUCACUUCCGAAUGAAGAAGAUGAAGACGACUACUUAUCGUAUGUUGAUAUUAAAGUUCGUUAUAAGAAACAAUCUGACAUUCAGGUUGUUGGUAUGUUAUGUUACUAUGUUUUGACCAAGGGAAAACAUCCAUACGGUAAACAUAUUCAUCGAAAUCAUAAUAUAUCGAAAGGAGAUUUUAAUUUGAAGGAUUUAAAUGAUCCAUGCGCAAUAGACCUUAUUACAUGGAUGCUCCAGCAUGAUCCUGUCAAACGACCCAAUGUUCACCAAUGUCUAAAGCACCCCUACCUGCAAACGGCUGAAGAAAAUUUUAAUUUCGUGACGCGUAUUGGAAACGAGAAAGAAAUUAAAAUCAAAGAUGCAACAUCACUCGUUGUUCAAGAAUUAAAUAAGGUGUCUGGUUUGAUCAAUUGGAUAGCGAUGAUUGAUGUUUGUGUGAUGAAGCACAUGACUGCACCUCGGCGUACCGCGUAUGCAAAUGAUGCAGUAGAUCUUCUGAGAUUUAUUCGAAACAUGGCAGUACAUUGGCGUGACAAGGCACCACCAGUAAAUGUCCAGAACACUGUCGUUACACCACAAGAAUAUUUUCAAAGAAAAUUCCCUGCGCUGUCUGUUGAAGUGCAUCAAGUCAUCAGAGAACAUCCUAACUGGACAAGAAGAGUAGAUUUGAAGGAAUUUUUUUAAUUCUCGUAGCUGCAACACGUGGCUAAAUAAACUACGUUUUGCGAAACAAUUAGUUAGCAGUAAGGACAGCAGAUUUUCAAGACAAUGAAGAGGCAAUAAAACAUUGCCAUCGUUGGAUCGUGAAUGGAUGGCACUCAUGCAUUAAUGUUGUGUUAAGUGUUGUAGUAUUAAAAACUUUGUAAUACCAUAUAUCAUACAACACAUCAUAUCUCUAUGUAAUGAUUAUGAAUCAGUGAGUGGUCCGCCACAAUGAAUUCUGAGUGUGUAUGUAUGCAUGUAUGUAAGACUAACGGAAGGGUGAAAUCUUAAGUUGUUCUUGUGUGUCUUUGUUUAUUAAUUAGUUACUUGCUUUUAAAUAGCAGUAUAUUUUGCUCCUAUGUAAAUAGUGAUAUUAAGAAAAUUAUCAAUUUUCACCCUGUGAUAUUAAAAUCCUUUCCAC